AUGACCACAGUCACUGUGUUUGUUCUCCUAGGACUGUCCAGCAACCCUCAGGUCCAGGCGCUGCUCUUUGUUCUGUUCCUGGUGGUUUACCUCUUCACUCUCCUGGGGAACCUGCUGAUGCUGCUGGUGAUCAGUACUGAUCCCCACCUCCACACCCCCAUGUACUUCUUCCUGAGACACCUCUCCUUCCUGGAUGCUUUCUAUUCCUCAAUUAUUGUACCUAAACUGCUAGAGAACCUUCUUUCUAAGGGGAAGACAAUAUCCUUCCUUGAGUGUUUCACCCAGAUUUCCCUGGUCAUAUGCUCUGGAGCUACUGAGGCUUGCCUCCUUUUGGUCAUGGCCUAUGACCGGUUUCAGGCUGUAUGUCAUCCACUGUUGUAUGUGGUGGUUAUAAACAGGAGGGUGUGUGCUGGCCUGGUGGGGACGUCCUGGGCCAUAGGAAUGGGGACUGGCCUAAUUAACACCCUCCUCCUGGCUCAGCAGCACUUCUGUGGCCCUAACCUCAUCCGCAGUUUUGCCUGUGAGCUUCCUCCAGUGCUCUCAUUGACCUGUUCUGACCCCUGCGCUAGCAUCACCUCCAUCCUCACCACCAUGGCAGUCCUGGGCCUUGGCACCCUUGUCCUUUUGCUGGGUUCCUACAGCCGUAUCAUCAUUACAGCCCUGAGGAUCAACUCUGCCGCAGGUCGGAGCAAGAUCUUCUCCACCUGCUCUUCUCAUUUCCUCGUGGUCACAAUCUUUUAUAGUUCAGGAAUUUUCAGGUAUAUGACUCCAGCAUCUGGCUCAGCCCUAGAGCAAGUACUGUCUGUGCAGUACAGUGUGAUAACGCCCCUGCUGAACCCCCUCGUCUACAGCCUGAAGAACCAAGAAGUAAAGGUGGCUCUGAGGAAGAUACUAGCCAGGAAGUCCAAGCUUCCCUUGCAGUCCAGCACCCCUGCCUCAGCAGGAGAAAACGUUAUGGGGAGAAGAGGAGGGAGGAAGAGCUGUCACCACUCGGCUGUCUCAGCAUUCAUCUUUCCAAAACAGAGACCUUCGUUUCUCUUCCUCGAGUGCCCUGCUCCCAGCCAAGGGCAAUAA